AUGCAGCUCACCAAUGCCGCCGCGCUGGCUGUCGCCUUCCUCACCCCCUCCGGCCUCGCCGCUCCUUACUUCGUCCCGACGAGCGUCACUGUCCAACUUGCCAAUGACCAGUCCGGCGUCAAUGCCGACAUCGCUGUCCCUGCCGACGGUCAGGCCUACUCCAUUCAACAACUCUACGGCAAUACUCCUGUCGCCGCGCAAGGUCUUGUCUUUGCCUCAAGCGCCCAGGUUGUCUCAUUCCAGGAGGGAACUUCCUGCACGAUUACUGGGCAGACUAGCCCCAGCGUGACUCUGAACUCCCAGAGGACCUGGGAGUCGUUCGGUGGCGAGGUGGACUUGUGCUCUGCUUUUAUCACUUGUGUUUGCGAGGGCAUGUAA